GAGUCAUCAUGUUUGGGAAACACCGUUAGACCCCUCGCUUAAGUUCACAUGAUACUAUACACAUAUUGUAUGAAACAGAGAUUAUAUGAACUAUUUGUAGUGUAAAAACGUUUUGGAUUUACAUUUGCACAGGUGCUUUGAACGUAACCUCAAACGUAAUAUUUCACCGCUUAGAAACAUAAAUCAGUGAAGUUCUUAAUCAUUUUCAAGGCAGCGGAUUUCCUUGACAGAGUUUGGUGCAAUCCUGAGUCGUUUUACAUUGAAUUUGAGCUAAUCUAGCUAGCCCACCUGCGGCAGGUAAACAGGAAGUAGACACGCACGGAGACACGCCCGCAGAAACCCGACGCUUGUGGAAAACUUUUUUCUACCUGCUAGUUUCCCUCGGUUGUGGUUACACUGAGAGACGACAUAUUCUGUAUAGAAGAGUACCAGCGAACACCUGAUCAGUAGAGGGUCUUUUUUACGUUCGUAGUGUUUUUUUUAAAACUACUUGAUUCAUUCGUUUACAAGACUUGAAUCGUCUCUUUGCCACCGACGAACGCAGGUUCAUCUCGGGAAUUCAACCGCAGAAGGUCAAAGGAAAUAUCCAGGCUAAAGGGACAGGUGGAAGACAAGACAUUUUUGUUCACUUUGUUUUAAUCCAGGUGGUAACCUCUAAUGGAUUACAUGGACAGUGGAUUGAGGUACACCCCGAAGUCGGUCUCUCCUCAGGACAAAGACUGGGACACCUCCGUCCAGUUCCUGCCUGCCUCAGAUAACAAAAAACUUGAGAAGAAAAAAGGUCCAGGAAAACUUGGAGCUGUGAUUGGUGUGGUUGUCUUUGCUGCUGUCAUUGCACUAAUGACUGGACUACUGGUCUGGCACUUCCACUUCCGUAAAAACGUGCGAAUCAAGAGGAUAUACAGCGGCUCUAUGCGGAUCACCAACCAGGUGUUUGAAGAUGCCUAUGAAAAUCCCAACAGCUCAGAGUUCAAGGCCCUGGCGAAGCAAGUUGUCACACAUCUUAAAACCCUGUAUUCCAAGAGUCCACAGUUGGCUAAAUGCUACGUUGGUUCUACAGUUCUGGCUUUUAGUGAAGGGAGCGUCAUGACGUACUAUACCUCUGAGUUCAACAUCCCAGCAGGCCAAGAGGCAGCUGUGGACAAGGCCAUGUCUACAAUGGACAAGCUGGUGGACAAGGAGCAACGUUCCAUCAGCAGAGCUGGUAACUCUCUGGUCCUGGACGAGGUGGUGUCUUCAGCUCUUGAUGCUCGACUGUUCUCAACACCUUUCAACAAGUAUCUCAGGUUUUCUGAACAUUUGAGAUCCAAUUACAUAGGGACCAUCCAGUCCCCUGGCUUCCCCAACAGUCCUUACCCCCCCAACACGUACAUCCAGUGGCAGCUGAGAGCCGACCCAAACUACCACAUCAAGCUGGAGUUUGAUACCAUGAACCUGGAGGAGAACUGCAAGAAUGAUUUUGUCAAAAUCUACGACUCCCUGGCUGCCAUUGAGAGUCGUGUCAUGGAAGAAAUGUGUGGAUAUUACUCACCCAGCGAACCACUGGCAUUUCUGUCCUCGGGUAACGUCAUGCUGGUGACCAUGGCCACGAAUGCAAACAAGAACUAUCCAGGAUUUAGGGCCACAGUGUCACAAAUCUAUCGCUCAAGUAAGGAGACCACAUGUGGUGGUCAGCUCAAAGGAGAGAAGGGUACUUUCACUACUCCUAACUUUCCAAAUUACUACCCCCCUCGUACUUCGUGUCAAUGGUCGAUCGAGGUUCCUGCUGGCAAAUCAGUGAAGGUGACUUUCAAAAGGUUCCUCCUGUCUGAACCUGGACAGGAAAACAACAAAGAGUGUCUAAAAGACUACGUGGCAGUCAAUGGAAAGAAGCUGUGUGGUGAACAUCCAGAUGGAGUACUAACAGAAACCAGUAAGACCAAUACAAUGAACGUUGUAUUUGUCUCCGAUUCCUCCUAUGUGGACCUAGGAUUUCAAGCAACUUUUGAGGCGAUUGAUGUAAAAGACCCUUGUCCUAAACAGUUCCAGUGCAACAACCUGCGCUGCAUCAAAUCAGAACUCAGGUGUGACGGCUGGAACGACUGUGGAGACAUGAGUGACGAGUUGAAAUGCACAUGCAGUUCGGAGAGCAUCCACUGCAAAAAUGGCCUGUGUAAGCCAAAGUUUUGGCAGUGCGACAGCAUAGACGACUGUGGUGACGGCACAGAUGAGCUCAACUGUGGUGGAUGCAAAUCUGGACAAUUCACUUGCAAGAAUAAAAAAUGUGUUUCUGAGAAGUCUCGCUGUGACAGCAGGGACGACUGUGGUGAUGGGUCAGAUGAACUCGACUGUGGAAGAGGUGGUGGAACAACCUGCACUGAUCUAACAUACAAAUGUAAAAACAACCAGUGCAUCAGCAAAGUAAACCCAGAGUGUGAUGACACACGGGACUGUGAAGAUGGAUCUGACGAGGAAAACUGUGACUGCGGAGGACGCAUGUUUAAGACGUCACGUAUAGUUGGCGGUCAGGAUGCUGAAGAAGGGGAGUUUCCAUGGCAGGUCAGCCUCCAUGUGAAAAGUUACGGUCACGUGUGUGGAGCGUCCAUCAUCAACCAACGAUGGCUGGUCACCGCUGCUCACUGUGUGCAAGAUGAUGGCAAGAUAAGGUUCUCUCAGCCCAGUACUUGGGAAGCUUACUUCGGUCUUCAUGAGCAGCGGAAGAUUGGCAGUCACGUGGUAAAGAAAAACCUGAAGCAGGUUAUUCCCCACCCCAACUACAACGCAUACACCUUCGACAAUGACAUCGCCCUGAUGGAGCUGGACAGUCCACUCACUUACUCUGACUACAUCAGGCCCAUCUGCCUCCCAUCUGCGCAACACGAAUUCAUGACAGGCAGUACAGUGUGGAUCAGUGGAUGGGGAGCCACUCGAGAAGGAGGCUACGGUGCAUCCAUCCUUCAAAAGGCUCAGGUCCGAAUCAUAAACAAAGAUGUGUGUAAUAAAUUAAUGGGGGGUCAGAUAACCUCUCGGAUGUUGUGUGCUGGAGUUCUGACUGGAGGAGUCGAUGCCUGUCAGGGUGACUCUGGGGGACCUUUAUCCAGUCCAGCAGGCAGUAGAAUGUUCCUAGCAGGUGUGGUAAGUUGGGGGGAAGGCUGCGCCCGCAGAGAUAAAACGGGCAUCUACACAACUGUCACCAAGUUCAUUGGCUGGAUUAAAGAAAAGACUGGAGUUUAGAAAAAUGUGAAUUAUUCAAAUCAGGUCAAAUAUGGACAAAUAUGAACGUUUGGUGAUGAGGAGGAACCUACUGCAGAUUGUUGCUUGAAGAGAAAUUGCCACGCAUUUUAACUCCUCUGCAGGUGUAAGGGCAUGUUGGUGAUAUGUUUUUAGUGUAAAUAAGUGUGUUCUUUUGCCAUGUAUUGUUUUGUAUGUCUUUUGUUUGUAGUUUCUUUUAAUGGAGGCAGUGUGAGGUGCUGCACAGUAGAUUUGAAUCAAGAUUGUUACACUUACACACAUUUAAAACAUGCCUCUUCAUACAGUACUCUGUUUUUUUUAUAAAAGGCCAAAUAACCAUGUUUAUUGCUGCCAUUGUGCUAUAUUUUGUGAAUUAAAAACAAAAUGGUAGCAAGAUCCUUCUACCGUACCUCCUAUGGCUUGGUAUAUUAUGCAUUAUACAGAAUUUUUAGACCAACAGAAACCCCUGCUCUCAGCUGCCCCUUCAAUAUGUUUUGAAAGACUUCUUUAAAAUCUUCAGGAUUUUAUGAGCAUAAAACAGUGACAUAAUGUUUUGUCAAUUAAAUGUUUUGUUUGUAAUGUGAUUCUAAUCUUUCAUCAAUACAAGACUAGACAGUCUGUUUUAAUUUGUGUAAAUGUGUACAUCAAAUGUUUUUAAAUAAAAUAUUUCU